AUCUUUCUUCAUAACACCACCUCUUCUACCCUAUGAAAGCAGGGUUGGCAUUUUAAGUAGUGCCUUGAAACCACCUAUUUCCUUAGACAUUUUCAAGAUUUUCGUCUAUAAUUCAAAUAAAAAACCAAUUCAGUAGCCAGAAGAAGUAGAAAUCUCACCUUUUUUUUUUUUGUUCUUCUCUGAAAAGUUUUCUGAGUUUGAUUGUUCUUAUGGACGCUGGGGAUCUUUACAAAGCGGGUAGUAGCUUCCGAGCUGGCAGUUCCUCAAUAUGGAGGGACAGCGGCAUGGAAGUGUUUUCAAGGUCUUCCAGAGAUGAAGACGACGAGGAGGCUCUCAAGUGGGCUGCUCUUGAGAGAUUGCCCACCUAUACACGGUUGAGGAAAGGUAUACUCACCACCUCUCACGGCGGCGCUAAUGAAAUUGAGGUCGAAAAACUUGGGUGGAAAGAAAGGAAGAUUUUGAUUGAGAGGUUGAUGAAGGAAGAGGAUAACGAACAGUUCUUGUUGAAGUUCAAGGAACGGAUGGAUAGGGUCGGAAUUGAAAUUCCCACAAUUGAAGUACGAUUCAAGCAUCUAAAAGUUGAAGGAGAAGCUUAUGUGGGAAGCAGGGCUUUGCCAACCUUCAUCAACUCUGUUUGGAACAUGCUUGAGGGAUUCUUAAGUGCUCUUCAUCUUAUUUCGAGUAGAAAGAAACACCUGACCAUUCUCAACGAUGUCAGUGGAAUUGUCAAACCAGGGAGGUUGACUUUGCUUUUGGGUCCCCCAAGUUCUGGAAAAACCACUCUCCUGUUGGCUUUGGCGGGGAGGCUUGAUCCUGAUCUGAAGUGUUCCGGGAGUGUAACCUACAAUGGUCAUGAACUGCAUGAGUUUGUGCCUCAGAGAACUGCUGCCUACAUCAGUCAACAUGAUCUCCACAUCGGGGAAAUGACUGUAAGGGAAACUUUGGCUUUUUCUGCAAGAUGCCAGGGCGUAGGAUCGCGUUAUGAUAUGUUGGCCGAGUUGUCAAGAAGAGAGAAAGCAGCAAACAUUAAACCUGAUCCUGAUAUUGAUGUCUUCAUGAAAGCGGUAGUAACAGAAGGUCAGGAAACCAAUGUAAUCACAGAUUAUAUUCUAAAGAUUUUAGGACUGGAAGUGUGUGCAGAUACAAUGGUAGGAGAUGAAAUGAUAAGAGGCAUCUCUGGAGGACAGAAGAAACGUGUUACAACGGGGGAGAUGCUGGUUGGACCAGUAAAUGCACUUUUUAUGGAUGAGAUAUCUACUGGUUUGGACAGUUCAACAACAUUCCAAAUUGUGAACUCGCUCAAGCAAACUGUUCACGUUCUUAAUGGAACUGCAGUCAUUUCUCUCCUUCAGCCAGCACCAGAGACUUAUGAUCUUUUCGAUGACAUUAUCCUCAUUUCCGAUGGUCACAUUGUAUACCAGGGUUCCCGUGAACAUGUUCUGCACUUUUUUGAAUCCAUGGGGUUCAAAUGCCCUGAAAGAAAAGCUGUUGCAGACUUUUUGCAAGAAGUGACAUCUAAGAAAGAUCAAAUCCAGUAUUGGAUUAGAAGAGAUCAGCCUUAUAGGUUUGUCACAGAGAAGGAAUUUUCUGAGGCAUUCCAAUCGUUCCAAGAGGGACUGCGACUUGAAGAUGAGCUUGCAACUCCAUUUGACAAGACCAAGAGCCACCCAGCUGCUUUGGAAACAAAAAAAUACGGUGUUAGCAACAAAGAGUUGUUGAAGGCAACAUUUUCAAGAGAAGUCCUUCUUAUGAAGAGAAACUCUUUUGUCUACGCCUUCAAGCUCUUCCAACUCUUGUUCAUGGCUUCCAUUACUAUGACAAUCUUCCUAAGGACAAAGAUGAGCAAAGAUACAUUAUCCGGUGGAUCACUUUACACGGCUGCCUUGUUCUUUGGCCUGAUUUUGACCAUGUUUAAUGGAAUGGCUGAGCUGUCUAUGACCAUUGUUAAGCUUCCUGUCUUUUAUAAGCAAAGAGAUAUGCUAUUCUACCCUUCAUGGGUAUAUGCUCUACCAACAUGGAUACUAAAGAUCCCUGUAUCACUUCUUGAAGUUUCUGUUUAUGUAUUCAUCACCUAUUAUAUCAUUGGAUUUGAUCCUAAUGUUGGAAGGUUGUUUAAGCAGUACAUUCUUCUUGUGCUAGUUAGCCAGAUGGCUUCCGCAUUGUUCCGGUUAAUUGGAUCAAUUGCCAGAAACGUCAUUGUGGCUAAUACGUUUGGAUCAUUUGCAUUGCUAACACUAUUUGCAUUGGGUGGUUUUAUCCUGUCCCGUGAUGGUAUUAAGAAAUGGUGGAUAUGGGGUUACUGGGUUUCACCUCUGAUGUAUGGACAAAAUGCUAUCGUGGUGAAUGAGUUCCUUGGAAAGAGUUGGAGACAUGUUCUUCCAAACUCAACAGAGUCUCUUGGCAUCCAAAUUUUGAAAUCCCGCGGGUUCUUCACUGAGGCAUAUUGGUAUUGGAUAGGAUUUGGGGCGAUGCUUGGCUUCAUACUAUUAUUCAACAGUUGUUUUGCUGUGGCUCUUACCUUUCUCAAUCCAUUUGGAAAGUCGCGGAAUGUUAUACCAGAUGAACCACAAGGCAAUGAGCAAGCUGGGGAAACUAGUAGAGCUAUCCAGUUAUCAACCUAUGGAAGUACCUCUACUCACAGAACUGAAACGGAUGGAGAUCAAAUUAGAAGAGGCGCAUCAUCCAAGUCCUCAUCUGUGUCAGAGACAGCUUUUGAGGCGAUCCAAAAUAAGAAAAGAGGAAUGGUUCUACCAUUUGAACCACAUUCGAUCACCUUUGAUGAAAUCACAUAUGCUGUUGACAUGCCACAGGAAAUGAAAAAGCAGGGUACGGUUGAAGAUAAAUUAGUUCUAUUGAAGGGUGUGAGUGGUGCAUUUAGGCCUGGAGUUCUUACAGCUCUAAUGGGUGUUAGUGGUGCUGGUAAAACUACUCUGAUGGAUGUGCUUGCAGGCAGGAAAACUGGUGGCUACAUUGAUGGCAACAUAACAGUUUCAGGCUACCCGAAGAAGCAGGAAACAUUUGCUCGGAUAUCUGGAUACUGUGAGCAAAAUGACAUUCACACUCCUUAUGUUACUGUCUAUGAGUCCUUACUGUAUUCAGCUUGGCUUCGUCUACCCUCUGAAGUUGAUGCUGAAACUAGAAAGAUGUUCAUUGAGGAAGUGAUGGAGCUCGUUGAACUGAAUCCCUUAAGGAAUGCACUGGUAGGAUUACCAGGCUUGAAUGGUUUGUCAACUGAGCAAAGAAAGAGGCUAACCAUUGCAGUUGAGCUGGUGGCAAACCCUUCUAUAAUAUUUAUGGAUGAGCCAACUUCAGGGCUAGAUGCAAGAGCUGCUGCAAUUGUUAUGAGAACGGUCAGGAACACAGUGGACACUGGAAGAACAGUUGUUUGUACCAUCCACCAACCUAGCAUUGACAUAUUUGAAGCAUUUGAUGAGCUGUUUCUUUUGAAGAGGGGAGGACAGGAGAUAUAUGUAGGGCCAUUAGGUGGCCAUUCUUCUCAUCUUAUCAAGUAUUUUCAGGGUAUUGAAGGAGUUAGUAAAAUCAAAGAUGGCUAUAAUCCUGCAACUUGGAUGCUAGAAGUCACUACAACAGCUCAAGAAUUAGCUUUGGGUAUUGAUUUUGCUGAGGUCUACAAGAAAUCAGAUCUAUACAGGAGAAACAAAGAACUCAUCAAAGAUUUGAGCACGCCGUCUCCUGGUUCUAAAGAACUCUACUUUCCUACUAAGUACUCUCAGUCAUUCUUGACCCAAUGUUCUGCUUGCUUAUGGAAGCAGCGCCAGUCAUAUUGGCGCAACCCUCCAUACACAGCAGUGCGAUUUUUCUUCACAGUCUUCAUAGCGUUGAUGUUUGGGACAAUAUUCUGGGACCUCGGCUCCAAAACGAAUAGGAGCCAAGAUCUGUUAAACGCAAUGGGAUCAAUGUAUGUUGCUGUUCUCUUCCUUGGCUUCCAAAAUAUGACAGCCGUUCAGCCAGUUGUUGCUGUAGAAAGAACGGUCUUUUACAGAGAAAGAGCUGCUGGAAUGUACUCAGAAAUGCCAUAUGCCUUUGCACAGGUCGUAAUUGAGUUCCCUUAUGUUUUUGCUCAAGCGCUUGUCUAUGGUGUCAUAGUCUAUGCAAUGAUUGGAUUCGAAUGGACUGCUGCCAAGUUCUUCUGGUACAUAUUCUUCAUGUACUUCACAUUGCUGUAUUUCACCUUCUAUGGGAUGAUGACUGUGGCUGUGUCACCAAACCACCACAUCGCUGCUAUAGUCGCCGCUGCCUUUUCUGCACUUUGGAACCUCUUUACGGGGUUCAUAAUUCCUCGUCCAAGUAUUCCUAUAUGGUGGAGAUGGUACUAUUGGAUGUGUCCAGUUGCUUGGACCUUGUAUGGACUGGUGGUAUCACAAUUUGGUGAUCUGAAGAACCAGUUGGAAUCCGGUGAAACAGUGGAAGAAUAUGUAAGGAACACUUUGGGCUUCAGACAUGAUUGGCUAGGCAUAGUUGCAGCCGUAAUCGUCGGCAUCACAGUAUUCUUUGCAGCUGUCUUUGCUAUCUCCAUAAAAAUAUUCAACUUCCAAAGGAGAUAGAGCUUCCUUAUGAUUUUUUUUUUUCAGAGCAGAAUGAUCUACUUGUACUAAUAGUAGAGUUUCAUUAAAUAAUUAUACUAGCUUUUG